AUGGCUACAACAGCAGCAAAUACUCAAAGACAAACGAUAGGCUGUGAGGAAUACAGUCUCUACAGUAGCUUGAGUGAAGACGAGCUUAUAAAGAUGGCCAUCCAGCAGAGCUUGGAAGAGGACCCCGCGGGUCAGCCAGCUGCCCAGAGCCACCAGAAGUCGAUGGUGGCGACUCCCGGCGAGGUGGCCACCCCGAGCCGCGCCAGCAGCCACAACCCGCCCUACCGCAUCUACCCGUGGCAAAGAUUGACGGCCCAGCAGAGAGGCCGUGCUCAGCCAUCCAGCUCGGGGGCAGCCUGGGGGGUCAGGCGAAGGUACGACGGCAGCCUGUUCAGCACAUCCCAGCCCGUAGAGCUUGACCCUGUAGUGGCAGCAAUCAAGGAUGGAGAUGAAAAAGCAGUAUGUAACAUGAUGAAAUCAGGAAAAGACCUUUCUGAACCUAAUAAGGAUGGAUGGAUACCCCUGCAUGAAGCUGCGUACUAUGGCCAAGUGGGUUGCCUGAGGCUGUUGCAAAAAGCAUACCCCGGCACAAUCGACCAGCGCACACUCAACGAGGAGACGGCUCUCUACCUGGCCACCAGCCGGGGCAACCUGGACUGCCUGCUCACCCUGCUGCAGGCUGGGGCCGAGCCCGACAUCUCCAACAAGGCCAGAGAAACACCGCUCUACAAAGCCUGUGAGCGCAAGAAUGCAGAGGCCGCAAGACUCCUGGUACAGUACAAUGCUGAUACCAACCAUCGUUGCAAUCGAGGAUGGACUGCUCUCCAUGAGGCUGUCUCCCGAAAUGAUCUGGAGAUUAUUGAUAUCCUUGUGAAAGGGGGUGCCAACAUUGAGUCUUCAAACACCUAUGGGAUCACUUCUUUAUUUGUGGCAGCUGAGAGUGGGCAGUUGGAAGCUUUGAGAUACCUGGCAAAAUGUGGUGCUGAUAUAAAUACUCAAGCCAGUGAUAACGCCUCUGCUCUUUAUGAAGCCUGUAAAAAUGGGCACGUACAUAUUGUGGAGUUUCUUUUGUCCCAAGGAGCAGAUGCUAACAAAGCCAAUAAGGAUGGCCUGUUACCUCUUCACAUAGCAGCAAAAAAAGGGAUUUGCGAGAUUGUCUCCAUGCUGAUCCCUGUGACCAGCCGUACCCGUGUCAAGCGCAGUGGCAUCAGCCCCCUGCACUUAGCAGCCGAACGCAACAAUGAUGACAUCUUGGAAGAGCUGAUCGAUGCUGGCUACGAUGUCAACUCCGCCCUCUCCAACGAACGGUCUUGCCUUUACGAGGACAGGCGCACCACGCCCCUCUAUUUUGCUGUUUUUAACAACAACAUCUAUGCCACAGAACUCCUGCUGCAAGCCGGAGCCAACCCCAAUGUUGACCUCAUCAACCCAUUACUCAUCUCCAUCCGCCAUGGCUGCAUGAAGACCAUGAAACUGCUCCUUGACCAUGGAGCAAAUAUUGAUGCCUAUAUAUCAAGCCAUCCCACUGCAUUUCCAGCUACUAUCAUGUUUUCAAUGAAGUACCUUUCCGUGCUGAAGUACCUCCUCGAUCUGGGCUGUGAUGCGGGUUCCUGUUUUGAGUGUCAGUAUGGAAAUGGCCCACACCCUGCAUUAAAUUACAGACGGGACAGACUUAAUGAUCCUCAGCUGUCCAAGGAGCCAACCAUAGUACAGUUUUGUGAAAUGGUGUCUACUCCAGAGAUAAGUCGCUGGGCCGGGCCGAUCAUCGAUGUUCUCCUGGAUUAUGUGGGUAAUGUGCAGCUCUGUUCCCGGCUCAAGGAGCAUAUUGACAGCUAUGAGGACUGGGCUGUCAUUAAAGAAAAAGCAGAGCCUCCACGACCUCUUUCCCAUCUUUGCCGCAUCAAGGUACGAAGCCUGGUUGGAAAAAAACGCAUUAAACUUCUUGACACCUUGCCUCUCCCGGACAGACUGAUUCGAUACUUGCAGCAUGAUUACACACAGUGA